GUUGCUAUUCUUUUUUAGUGGUUGAUGUCCGAACCAUUGUUGCUUCUUCUCUCAGUUGGACAAGCAAACUCCAUUUUCUCUUUUUUUUUUUUUCUCAGACUCUCCCUCUGAAGCGGUGAACGAAAAGCGAACGAAGUUGGAAGAAGGAAACCAUGUCGUCACCAAGCAAACGCAGAGACAUGGACUUGAUGAAAUUGAUGAUGAGUGACUACAAAGUUGAGAUGAUAAAUGAUGGCAUGCAAGAUUUCUAUGUUCAUUUCCAUGGACCCAAUGACAGUCCUUAUCAUGGAGGUGUGUGGAGGAUAAGAGUUGAGCUUCCAGAUGCUUAUCCAUACAAAUCUCCCUCGAUAGGCUUUGUUAACAAGAUCUAUCACCCAAAUGUUGAUGAAAUGUCUGGCUCAGUUUGUUUGGACGUUAUCAAUCAGACUUGGAGUCCCAUGUUUGAUCUGGUAAAUGUAUUUGAGGUAUUUCUACCACAGCUUCUUUUGUAUCCUAACCCCUCAGACCCAUUGAAUGGAGAGGCAGCGGCUUUGAUGAUGCGUGACCGGUCUGCUUAUGAACAGAAAGUUAAAGAAUACUGUGAGAAAUAUGCCAAGCCAGAAGACAUAGGGGCUGCCCCAGAGGACAAAUCUAGCGAUGAGGAGCUAAGUGAGGACGAAUACGAGUCUCAAGAUGAGGAGAUGGCGGGCCAAGCAGAUCCAUAGCAGUUGGUCAUCAAUCCUCUCAACUGUUAUAUCUGUACAUGAUGGUGAUGUUUUUAGCUUUACAGUAUGAACUUAUUGGGCAGGAAAUGAAGUAUUUCCUAGCCUCUGUUUUUACUUCCCUUUGUAAAUUAAUGCAUCAUUGCUUCACGUUCCACCCCCAGUCAUUUGACAUUGUUAAUUCAUCGAGUGGUCUCAUUUCUAUUGCA